UCCUAUGUUGAACAUGACCAAGAAGCUCCCUGCUCCUUGUUCCUCCACAUCAGCUGUGUCCAGGCAGCAACCACCGCCUGCCCCUCACCCAAAUGGGGAAGUUGUGCAUACACCGUCAAGAGACAAUGAAGUGUCUAGGCUGUUGCUCUCUUGUGUGGAGAGCCACACGGACAGCAACAUUGAAGAGAAGGGCAGCACGCCUGAGGCUUGUUCAAGCCAGUCACAGGACAGUAUGGAUGGCCCCUUUCUGCCAUCUGAGACGUUUUCUCAGCUACGCAGCCAAGAGCUGCAAAGCUUGGAGAUGACACCCCCAGCCGCAAGACCAGCGCCGAAGAAAAGGAAAGCAUCUGAGGAAAGCCUCGCUUCGAUAUUGACACAGGCAACGGAAAAUAUGCAACUUGGGGGACGGUGCACCAGAUCUCAUUUGGACAUGGAUGACGAAGAAACUUUAUUUUUAUUAAGUCUUCGGAACAGACUACGGUCCUUGGAAGUGAAACAAAAGCGUCUAGCAUACAUGCAAAUGCAGAAUGUAUUUUUCAAUCUUGAAUUUGAUGAAUGA